GAUCGACCAUGUGGGGUAGCGACCAAUGUUGUAUCUGCAUACCUAGGUAUGCUACAGAGCAGUUGCCACCACAGUCCAUAUUUGGAUUUCAUGAUCAUUUCAGGCAGGGCUUCAAAUAUUCGGCCCUUGAGAAGCCCACGUCGAUACGGUUGGUGAAACUCUCACCGAAAACCGACGAUUAUCUCAUUCGGUGCACAUUAAUCGAGGUUGACCUCAACACCAAGCCAAACUACGAAGCUCUCUCGUACACGUGGGCCAUCGAUAGCGAUAUCUCUGGCCCUCACACUGGCGCCCCUGACAGGACAAUAAUAUGCAAUGGUGCGACUCUUGACGUAUUCAAGAACCUGUACAAUGCGCUCUUACAACUGCAGGAGCUCGGCUGGACGUCGACGCCCUUCUGGAUUGAUGCCAUAUGCAUCAAUCAGGGUGAUGACAUGGAGAAAAGUGCGCAGGUCAACAUGAUGGGCGAUAUUUUCCGCGCCGCCUCACGUGUGGUCGUCUGGUUAGGCAAAUCCUCGUAUGCCACCGAGCUCGCACUUGAAAAGGUCGGCCCCCUCUUCACUGAUGGAACCAUCGCUCAAGACCUAUCGACCCCUUGGGCAGCCGUGAAAAGCCGGGGCGCCGCCUUUGUCGCGUUCGAGGCGCUGAACUGGGUGCUCUCCCGGGGCUGGUUCGGGCGCGUCUGGACGCUGCAGGAGGCAGCCCUGGCCCGCGAGACGGUGUACCUGCUGGGCCCGCGGUCGGUGCCGUUCCAGGAGCUGCUUAGCUGCACGUUCGCAGCGGACGGGGCCGUAUCCCUGGGCCACGUGGAGAGUCUCCUGGGAAGGCUGCGCACACGCAUCGUAGGCCUCAACUUCGCACGCGCCGCGCACGAACUGCUCGAUAGUGGGCGCGGCUGCACGCUCGAGGCGGCCGUGACAGAAGCAAGGGCCCGGCGCGCGGUGAAAGGGCAGGACAACCUGUACGGCGUGCUUUCGUUGUGUGACCCGGAAGAUGCGGCGGGCCUGGCUGCCGACUACAAGAAGUCUGUCCAGGAGGUCUUUUGCGAGUGCGCCGCGGCGUUGCUGCGGAGCAAGAACACUGGGCUCUUGCUGCUCUCGCUGGUGGGUCAGAUCCGCCGGGGCUGUGACCUCGCCUAUGCCUUCUCCGCGAGCUACAUCGACCAGUUCAGGCCGGAGGCGGGCUUCGUGGAGGACUUGCCCUCGUGGGUUCCUGAUCUCAGCGCCCCGGCGAGACCGACGCCCCUAAUGAAGCUGACAGCACUCACAUUCUCCGCUGCUGGGUCAGUUGAGCCCAGCUUCUCUGUCACUGGCAACAAAGGGAGAGUACUGAAACUCAAAGCUGCACUACUGGAUACCGUUACAGCUACAGGCGACAGCCGCUCGGGUCGAUUCAUCAGACCUAUUUGGAGACUGCUUCGACUCUUAUCUAACUUGCCACGCCAAUCUGAAGGGAUAUACGUACCUACCGGUGAGCCUAUAGUGACGGCGCUCUGGAGAACUCUCGCCGCCGGGGCCACGCAUACUACCGACAAGCCAGACGACGCUGAGGAAGGCGAUGACAAGAUGGUGGAAGUCGAGCUCACCGACAGUCAUUUCGCGGAAUGGUUUGUCAUUUUCGCCGAAGAAUCGUAUACGCUCUCCGAAAGGAAAAUGCGCGAGGGCAUCUUGAAGGAGCAGGACGAGGACGACCUAGAUCUGGCUGCUGAGCCUGACGACAGACACCGCAUCGGUGUUCGGGAGUUCAUGCAUGAUAGCAAGAUGAAGAAGCUGGACAGCUACAAGAUUCAUACGGUCCGGCAGUUCCUGGCUUCAUUCGACACACCCGCCUACAGGCUUCGGGAGCUCAUCAGGUUGAGGCAUGAGCGAUUCAAGGGGAUGAGCAGGGUAGAUCUCGAGAUCGAACAGAAAAUGUGGACUGCCAAAGAUCCGCUGUUCGAAGAUGUGUUUGAGAAAUUCUACGCUGACCGGAGAAUGUUUUGUACCGAGAGUGGUUACUUAGGAACAGCUCCAUGGACAGUGUUGGAGGGGGACGUUGUCAUGCUUGUAGCAGGGGCGAGUGUGCCCUAUGUGUUUAGACCGUCAGAGAGGAUAAAAGGGGGGUGGGAGUUGGUGGGUGAGGCAUAUUGCCAUGGAUUCAUGUUUGGGGAAGGCACAAAGAUUGGGGGCAUAGAUUUUCACACGAUCGACGUUGUGUAACACGGCGGAACAGAAACCAUUGAUGAAUAGCCAACUCCAUGACGAGAACGAGAUUCGUCAUGUAGGGAUGGAAUCGAGAGUUGCGAUCA